GUACUAUGCUAGUAUCAUACUCCUGAACCUUCAUACCAUUUUUUUCCGCCGCCGCUGACCGACGUUGCCUUUUCACCAACAACAACAACGCUCCACCGGGCCUUCGGCUUCCCUAAAAACGCUCCCAAAUUCCCAAAUCCUUCCCCUUCAUCCCACACCCCACGUCCCACUCACCACACCAACCCUUUCACAAGGGCGACAAGCAAUCGACUAGCGAUCAAACCUAGCGAAAGCCUCUCUCUUCAUAACCACCCACCCAACUACAACCAGCUCUCUCUACCUUUGAACUCUCCUACCUCACAAAUCAAAAUGACAAUGAAUCCUCAUCAGAAGCAGAAGGUGGACAUCAGCUCCUUGAAUGAAGAGGAGCAGAGGCUCUUUAGACUAUACGGGAAACUUCCGUCCAAGAAAGAUAUUCUCAAGAAUAAACUUAAAGAACGCAAGUACUUCGACUCGGGCGACUACGCCCUCUCAAAGGCCGGUAAAGCCUCGGAUGUCGGCGUGACAAACAUUGGCUCUCAGCACCCACUUCCCGAGAACAUCCCUCACCACACCGCCGCGGGCACGCCCACGGGCGCUAGCGGGAACUCGGGAUCUCCCGUUAAAGAAAGUCCCCUCCUGCAUGCUAAGAGCCCGAUGGGUUCGCAGCCCCCUACUGAAGGGGAGGACGUCGGUGACGCUGAGGAAGCUUCGGCGGUAGCUUCUGAGAAGACCGUUGGAGGGAGUGCUGCACCUGCGGUGCCCAUUCCUUCCCAUUAAGCACUCUUUUCUUUAGAACUCGUGGGGCUUUUCACCUUCUUCACCUUCUUCUUCGUCUUUCCUUUUUCUUUCAGCCUUAUGAAUAGGUGGGGGAAGGAAGCUAGGGGACGCAAUUGGUAUGGGAGAUUAUUAUCAUUGGGAAAUGGGAAAUACGGUUGUUGUUUUUUCGUCUUAUCUUGUCUGUCUGUGUGUCCAUCUGUCUGCUACUAUUCCUAUUUACUUGCUCUUGCUGUUUGUUGGUUUACUGGUGGUGCUCUUGAAAUCCUUUGUUUUUUUUUUCCUUUAUUUCUUCUUUUUUUGUUUUCCUCACUUCACCCCACUUCAUACACACUUCGAACUAUAUCUUCCCUCCCCUAGCAAUUUCCAAUCAUCACUUGGAUCAAUAGCCGAUAUAGUCCCACGGCAUUUCUCGGGUUAGGUUAAGUUAAGCUGAGCUAGUCUAUCAUAGUCUGUCUUAUUAUUGUCGCGGUUUGGAAAGGGGAAAGGGAAAAAAAGAGAAGACUCCCAUCAUUCUCAUUCUUUUCCCUUACUUUCCCCCCGUGUUGUGUUUUUG